UCCUUCGUCUUGGCGCCGCGGCUUCUGAUUUGUCAGUCCCACGCUGUGGCCGGCGCUGAUAGGGUUACAGAUGAGCGGGAACGUGUGGCGCUACUGAGCUCGCUGAUUUUACCUCAGGCUCAGACGCUAGUCCUGCCGCCGCAGCGGCAGCGGCAGCAGCAGCAGCAGCCAUGUUUCCGGUGGACACGUUUUAGACGUGGCUGUUGAGUUAGUUUCUGCACAAGACUGAAUUGUUCCCGACAUCUGCCUAAUGCAUGGACCCCCUGGAGCAAAGACUGGCAGAAUUCAGAGCCAGAAAAGCUAAAGCUCAGCAGGCACAUGGGGAAAGCAGCCACGGUGAGAGCAGGGCAGGCACAGAGCAUCGGAGGAAAACAUUCACACAGGCAGCAAAAGAGACAAUGCAGAGUGUGUAUAGCAUGUGGAAGACACAGGAUGCUCCAGAACCUCGGAUAAUGGAUCCCAAGAUGGAGGCUUUGGCUAGUACCUCAUCAGUCCCAGAAGAAGACCUGGCGGACAUCGAUGUGCAGCCUCCUGAUAGUUCUGUCCGGAGAAUCACCCUUCUGCUAAAGUUCCUCCUGUGGCUUGUAUUGCUCGGCCUAUUUGUCGAACUUGAGUUUGGACUGGCUUAUUUCAUUCUAUCCAUGUUUUAUUGGCUUUAUGAAGGAACUCGUGGGCCCAGACAGAGAAGGAAAGGAGAGAAGAGCGCCUACUCCGUCUUCAACCCUGGCUGUGAGGCGAUCCAGGGGACAUUAACCGCCGAGCAGUUUGAGAGAGAACUGCAGUACAGACCCUUGGCCGGGACAUAGAAGGAACAGGCAAAGCUUAUUGUGUGUUAUGUAAAGAGUAACUUCAGCACCAUAAACCUGCUGAUGUGGAAGCUGUGUAUAUUGCACAUUAAUGUGCUAUUACUACAGAAAAAAUACCCUACACAUACAUCAAUGCCAAUUAUCAUUUUGAGCAAACAGACUUGUUUAAUGUUCCUUGGUGAAGCAGAAGAAUCCCAGGGGGUGCACUAUGCACAUGUAACACCCAACGUGCUGCUUCCACCCCUUCCAUUCAAUAAAACAUUUCUGUUUUUUUCUCCUA